AUGCGGAGCCCGCUGAUGUGGACUGUGGCGGGUGGUGGGAGUGCGAACUUUGCGAGCAAGGACGAGGAGGGCGAAGACAGCCUAGGAGGAUGCGCAAAGCGUGGCAUGGGCUGCUGGAUUCGCUACCUUACCUUUACGCAAAGUGCAAAGGCCACCAACCCGGUAACUCUGUAUACGUCAGUCAGUCACUCAGUCACACGAGGCAAGAAAGAAAAGAUACAAGAAGGAAACAUGGGUAUCGGUGCCGUGGCAGAGCCCUUGGUGGUCAUCACCCUUUUAUUUGGAGGAACGUGGUUCAACCGCAACAUUGGCGACACCAACGCCUACGAUAACCUGGGAUGGAAGGGAGCCGGCCUCGAUGAUGCCGAGCACAAGCGAUCUGACGAGCGCCGUUCCGGCAACUCGACCCCAGACUCUGAAGAGUCCCUUCUCUCCCUCGGCGCCUGGAGCUCAUCAUCAACGUUGACACCGCAAGAAGAGCCGCCGCGACGCUCUCGCAGGAUCAAGUUCUUUGGAUACCAGCGCAUCGUCACGACACCAAACACAAGAGUAUACAAGGACAGACUUCUCAGCCGCGUCCUCCGCAAGUUCCCCUUCUUGGUCGAGGCAUGGUACUGGGCCCUGAUUUACUGGGUCUACCAAGUCGGCCGCGCCUUCACCGCGCUCACCCUCAACGAGGGAACCGUCGACGUGGCACGCAAGCACGCACUCCAGCUCAUCCACCUCGAGCAGCGCCUCCACGUCUUCAUUGAGGUGCCCGUCCAGCAGUACUUUUUGCAGAUGCCCACCGUGAUGCACUGGAUCAACCGCAUCUACUCCUUUAUCCACAUCCCGGGCACCAUCCUCUUCCUCGUCAUCCUCUACUUCAUCACCACCACCCGCAAGCGCCGCGCCGUCUCCGCCAAGCUCGGCGGCAACGAGAACAUUCGCUGGAACUCGGCCGGUCCCGCCCUGUACGAGGCCCGCCGACGCACCAUGGCCACCUGCAACCUGCUCGCCUUUGUCGUCUUCACCCUCUGGCCCUGUAUGCCCCCUCGUCUCUUGAGCGAUCCCAACUACAACGGUCCCGAUGCCGGUGAGGCCAAGAGCUUUGGCUUCGUGGAUACCGUGCACAGCUCUACCGGCGAGAGCAGCGUCUGGACGACGAACAAGUUUUGCAACCAGUAUGCCGCCAUGCCCUCCCUGCACUUCGGCUACUCCCUCCUCAUCGGCCUCACCGUCGCGACCCUGCCCCUCCCUUCGAUCCGCUCGCGGCCCUGGAAGCGCUUCGCCAUCGUCGCCGUCGGCAUGGCCUACCCGGCCCUGAUCCUCACCGCCAUCGUCGCGACCGCCAACCACUUUGUCCUCGACGCCGUUGCCGGCGCCAUCGUCUGCGGUCUCGCCUGGAACUGCAACGGCGUGCUGCUCAACCUGCUCGUUGUCGAGGAUUACUUCCUUCGUCUCUUGCGCAUCCACAAGCCUGUCAACUGGACCGAUCCCGAGGCGACGAUUGAUACAAACGAGUGGAAGCCCAGCACGGUUCUUGAUGAGAUCUAA